AUCGAUGUAGAAUGCUACGCAGCGCUCGAUCUUUUCUGGUCUUUGCUCCCUCCAACAGUCCUACAUCUUUUGUAGGGUUUAGUGUCCAACUCCACAUAUCGGCGGCCUUCUUCCCUCUCUCUCUCUCUCUCUGGACUCAUCAUUACAUGCAUGACAAACCAAAUAUUCCCCUCCUCCAAACUUUGCGGACGGUGGCGGUCUGAGUUAAGAUUCCGGGUGGUUCUUAACAAGAAUAUUUUGAAAUUUGAGCACACCGAGUCCAGAUUGCAGCUUAUGCCAUUUCUGAAAUGCUUAAUGCAACACAGUAGAAAAAAGUAAAAGGAAAAAAAAAAAGCAAAGCAGCCAGAAUGAAAUUUAUGAAGCUUGGGACAAGACCGGACACCUUCUAUACAGAAGAGGCCACCAGGACUGUAAUUUCAGGGGUGCCUACUGACCUCACUGUUCGCAUCAACAACAUUUCAUAUCACCUUCAUAAGCUUCCGCUACUUCCAAAGUGUGGCCUCCUGCAACAACUUUGCUCAGUCUCUGAGGAAUCUGGAAAUGUUACUCUUGAGCUGCAUGAUAUUCCUGGAGGAGAAAAUGCUUUCGAGCUGUGUGCAAAAUUUUGCUAUGGAAUCACAAUCAAUCUCAGUGCUCAUAAUUUUGUAUCUGCUUUCUGUGCUGCAAAGUUCCUCCGAAUGACUGAAGCAGUUGAGAAGGGAAACUUCGUUGCAAAGCUAGAGGCUUUCUUCACUUCGUGCAUUCUGGAAGGCUGGAAAGAUUCCAUUGUCACAUUGCGGAGCACUGGAAUGGUUCCUGAGUGGUCAGAGAAUCUUGGGAUCAUUAGAAGAUGCAUUGACUCUAUUCUUGAGAAAAUACUGAAACCUCCAGCAAAGGUCACAUGGUCCUUCACUUACACUAGGCUGGGAUAUGAACGAAAAGGUCACCAUUCCGUACCACGAGACUGGUGGACAGAGGAUGUAUCUGACCUUGAUUUAGACCUCUUCAGAUGCAUCAUUGCUGCCGUAAGGUCCACCAACAUUCUACCUCCUCAGCUGAUUGGUGAAGCUUUGCACGUCUAUGCAUGUCGUUGGCUACCAGAUCUUACAAAGACCAGUGGAUCUUCUGAAAGUUCAGGUGCCCAAUCUGCCCAAAGGAAACAGCAAAUCCUUGAAACCAUUGUUAGCUUGAUUCCGGUAGAUGGAGGAUCUGUCUCAGUCGGAUUCCUACUGAGACUCCUCAGCUUGGCAAAUCUCCUAGGGGUUUCUCCAGUAAUAAAGGCUGAACUCAUACGGAGAUCAGGCCAGCAACUAGAGGAGGCAAAGCCGAAUGACCUGCUGGUUCCCUCUUGUAAUUGUGAUGAUCAUUAUUCCUAUGACAUUGACUUGGUUGGGGCACUACUAGAAAGUUUCUUGAGGCUGUGGAAGAGACGAUCAAGAGAGAGGCAAUCCAUUAAGUCAAUCAUUAAUGUGGGAAAGCUCGUUGACUCUUAUCUUCAAGCGGUCGCAAUGGAUGUCAAUAUGCCGGUGCAGAAAGUGGUUUCAUUAGCUGAAGCUGUUCCAGAAAUUGCGCGACCUCAGCAUGAUCAACUGUACAAGGCAAUCAACAUUUAUCUCAAGGAGCAUCCUGGUCUGGCCAAAGCAGAUAAGAAGCAGCUCUGCCGCAUUCUUGACUGCCAGAAGUUGCCUCCGGAGAUACGUUUGCAUGCAGUGAGAAAUGAGAAUCUACCUUUGAGAACUAUUGUGCAGGCACUCUUCUUCGACCAAGGAAGAGGCUACAGGGGAAAAGAUCAAAAACUUCCAACUGGAGAGCAAUUUCGCAGCUGGCAACAGAUCUCACAACUUUGCACGGAUGAUAUGAGCAAACCUAAAUUGCGUUCAAGUAAAGAAUCACCUGAAGCAGAGGGACUCAAACACCAUGCACCCGUUGCAAGCAAACGAGUAAAUAAAAAUUUGAGCAAGUCAGAUGGCAGGCCGGGCAUGGAACCCACAUCAGACACUCCUAGACACGAUGGUGCCGUAAGAGAUUCAAGGAAAGGCAAGGAAGUCAGAGACCGCAAUAACGGGAGUAAGCCCGAGCAUCUCCAGAUCUUAGCCAGGAGAACAGGAUCGCACCACAGCCAGGGUAAAAGCUGAGAGAGCUAGCACAAACGUAGUCGAGUAUAUUCUCCUGUAGAUAAAUAAAACGCAGAUUUCUAAUCAGAGCUCAUCUUUGGACAUGCCGAUCACCAAUUUGUACAGCACUCAAAUUGAAACUAUUCCCAGUAGUCCAUUGAAGCUGUUGCUCACUGAAGGAGUGACUCAAAAAACUCCAUUAAAGCUAUAUCCUAGUAGCAGGUAGCGGAGUGACUCAAUGGUAAAUUCUUUCCACGUUUCAGCGGAGAACUCAAGUAUACUUCAGCAAGAAACCAUUCAGCAAUAUGUUUACUCAAGUACACUUCAGCAAGUAACCAUUCAGCAAUAUGUUUACCGUAUUUAGUAAUGCUUUUCUUCUAUUGUUGAAGCAUGAUUUCCGACAUGAUUGUCCAGCAGAAGAAACUACUCCAUAUCUGCUCCAUUUGGGGCCUAAACCACUUAGAGAUUUUCCUCUUUAGGUGCUAAGAUCUGUAGCUUUUUCUUGUUUAAGUUGCAUCACACUCUUAAAGUUCCUUCACUGAAUAAUUCCCUCGUUUGAUAA